CUCAUUCUCAAAACACUUUCUCUUCCUGGUUUCAACUUUGUUGCACAUGACACUUUAUCUGGGUGUUCGUGUUUCACCUGAAUGUUCAGAGGGAUCCGACGUGGAUAUGCCCUGAUUAUGCCCACAACGGAGCUAGAACAGCACACAAAACAUAAUAUAACCCAGAGUUUGGUUUUCCAUGGUGCAUUGAAGUUUAAAAAUGAGAUUCCGACUAUUGAAGAAGAACGUUAUUGUGUUCCUCGUCAUCUUAAUUGUAUUUAUAGUGUUAUUUUAUUCCAAACGUGGGACUGGAGAUGAAGGAAAUGUCGAAGAGACUGUUAAAGAGAGUACCCAGCCUGUUGUUUUGGGUAAAUUUGAGUAUGGGUCCAUAUUGAGUAUGAGGAAGUCUGUUUAUGACAGCAACUACAGACAGUUCAUUCAGAAUGGAGAGAAGUUUCCAUUGGAACCGGAGCUGGUUAUUGUUGUUCAAGUCCACAAUAGACCGGCUUACCUUCAAAUGCUCAUACAGUCCCUUGAGAAAGUAGUUGGAGUGCAAAACAUACUUCUGAUAUUCAGUCACGACUAUUUCUCAGAGGGAAUUUCUGAUAUGGUCAAGGGAAUCUCGUUCUGCAAGGUUCUGCAGAUAUAUUUCCCCUACAGCAUACAGCUGUAUCCAAAUGAAUUUCCAGGACAAGAUCCUCAGGAUUGUCCGAGAGACAUAUCUAAAGAAGAUGCGAUUAAACGGGGCUGCUUGAAUGCAGAACACCCGGACUCUUAUGGACAUUACAGGGAAGCUCCCAUCACACAAACCAAACACCACUGGUGGUGGAAGCUGCAUUUCGUGUUCGAACGAGUCCGGGUUCUUCUGGGAUACAACGGAUAUGUUGUGUUCAUUGAGGAAGACAACUACCUUCUCCCAGAUUUCCAUCACUACUUCAAAUCUAUGACUGAACUCAGGAAAACCAGCUGCGGGGACUGCGACAUCCUCGCAUUGGGAAACCAUGACGGUUUGUCUGGCUUUCAAGAGCUUUCCACCAAAACAGAGACUUCAGGAUGGCUGUCGACCAAACACAACAUAGGAAUGGGCAUUUCUAGAGAGCUGUACUACAAACUAAUGGGAUGCAACAAUGAGUUCUGCACUUUCGAUGAUUAUAACUGGGAUUGGACCCUCCAGAACCUGUCUGGUACGUGCAUCUCCAAACCCCUUAAAGUUCUAGUGGCUUGUGGAAGCCGAGUUCUUCACACAGGAGAUUGUGGCCUGCACCAGGACAACUGCAAGCAUGAAAUGGUUCAGGAGAGGGUGGACGCAGCGCUUAAAGAAGCCCAAGCUGCGCUUUUCCCUCCGAUACUGACCCUGACAGAUCAUGGACCCGUGGAGCAUCAACCCCACAUGAAAAACGGGGGCUGGGGCGACGUUCGUGACCACACGCUUUGUAUCAACUAUGCCGCUCGACUCUGAGUUUUCAUUGAAGCCACAAGUGCCAUGCAGAAUAUCAGGGUAACAUGUAUGCAGGUUAAAGGUGUUGCUUUCACCAAAAAUAGGAAAAUGAGUUAUAAAAUACUGUGUAUAUUUGCACAUGUGUGUGCAGAACAAACUGUAUCCAGGAGGCCACAACGUUUUGUUUUUUUACUUUGGUUUGUCUUCGACAUGCUUAGAAUUCCACUUGACUUGGGUUUACCUUGCAAUAUAAACAUGCAUGCAUUUUAUGCAUUGCAUCCAUUUUAACAAUUCUUUUUGUCUUGUUUUAUUAUAAUUUUUUAACAAAUGGCAAAUUUACCAUGUUUGUUUUGCACGUUUUGAAGCAAAAUCCAUUUAUGGACACAUUAAGCAUCAAAAUACUAAAUGUUUUUGUAAAAUUCUGCAAAAGCAUGAAUGCAUUUUAUGCAUUGCAUCCUUUAAAUUUUUUUUAUUGUUUUAUUAUAAUUUUAUAACAAAUCACAAAGUCCCCUUGUUUUUCUACUUAAGAAGCAAAGUCCAGUUAUAGUGACAAAAUCCUAAAUACUUUUGUAAAUUUUUAUAAAAACAUGCAUGCAUUUUAUGCAUUGCAUCCAGUUUAUUCAUUCUUUUUGUCUUGUUUCAUUAUAAUUUAUUAAAGAAUAGCAAAUUUACCAUGUUUGUUUUGCACGUUUUGAAGCAAAAUCCAUUCAUGGACAAAUUAAGCAUCAAAAUAUUAAAUGUUUUUGUGAUAUUCCGCAAAAGCAUGAAUGCAUUUUAUAAAUUGCAUCCAUUUUAACAAUUCUUUUUGUCUUGUUUCAAUCUGAUUUUAUAACAAACCGUACAUUUUUCUUGAACAACAUCCACAUUGGUGUUUGUUUUGCUCCUUUAGUAGAAAAGUCUAGUUAUGAACUCAUUUAGUCAUAAAAUCCUAAAUGUUUUUUGUAAAAUUCUGCAAAAAUAUGCAUGCAUUUUAUGCAUUGCAUCCAUUUUAACAAUUCUAUUUGUUUCAUUUUAAUUUAAUGACAAAUCACAAAUUUCCCAUGUUUUGCCCCUUUAGUAGCAAAGUCCAGUUAUAGUGACAAAAUCCUAAAUACUUUUGUAAAACUUCGCAUAAACAUGCAUGCAUUUUAUGCAUUGCAUCUAAUUUAACAGUUAUUUUUGUCUUGUUUUAUUAUAAUUUAAUAACAAAUCACAAAGUCCCCUUGUUUUACUCCUUUAGUAGCAAAGUCCCAUUAUGAACACAUUUAAUGACAAUGUAACACUGUAACAUUCCUUCUGUCUUCUGUUCUUGCCAUUUCCUAAAUGCAAUAUCUUUUUAUUGUUGGGUUGUUUUGCAUACUGUUUUUUUUUAAUGUUGGGUCAUAUUUUUGUGAAUGUGUAUACUCAAGUUGGAAUGUGCCUUAAUUUACACAAACAAAAUGUGUAAUUUGCAUAUGGCUAUUAGUAGAAUUAGCAUUUUUGCUACCCUGCUACCAUAAUUCUUUUGAAUUGUCUGCAAGAGACAAUUUGUUUUGUAAAAUGCAAAGCUCAUUGUGGUGGAAGUCAAGGUCACAGUAAAACAAUUAACUUUUCAUUCCUGUGAUGGUAGAAUUGUGGUUGAAUAUUUUCUUUACAGCCUUAAAGUACAGCCAAAGAUAUUCACCUUUGACCUUUUGAUUUUUACAACUGACCUUCUGUGUGUGUGUGUGAUAGGAAGGAAAGUCUGUUUCCUCCUUGUGAUUUCCGUUAUAUCUUUAGGGAGGAAAAGCUGACAAGCUCAAAUGAGUUGCCAAACUUGAUCUUAAAUAUUUAUUUAUUGUAUUUUGACUAGAGAUAAUUGUAUGUGUGAAAGUGUCUGUUUGAGAGAUUUCUUGCUCUUAUAAUUGUUGUUGUUUUUGUACGGGUAAGAUACUGUAAGCCUAUAUGGAAAGAAAGUUUGUUUUUCCUUCAUUUAUGAAGGUAUCACUAAAAGCCAUAUUCAUACUUGUUCUUUAAACAUUGAGCCAAAGACAUUAUAUGGAGUGUAAACUGAAUCACAACUUUCUAACUCUGGACAAACUCUGUUCUUCAAGCAAAAAUAUCUAAUCUGUUAACAUGCAUACUUGUUGAAACUAUUUCUGAUUUGGGGAAUUUUAAAGGGGUGGAGUGAUUUUUAAACCUUUGUUGAUGUUAUUUGUGUGUGUGUUUCUCAAACAUAAUUUGUUAACUUGGCAUUUUAAAACUGGAGGUUGUAAAUAAUAUAUUGUGUGUAUAAUA